CGUGGUCGAAUUCGUUAGUCCUGCCAAGUGAGUGUCUCUUUUGCGUCAACCACGAAUGCGAGAUUCUCCGGAUCCCGAAUCAUAGAUGGUGUAAUGAAAUAGACCUCAUCUAGGCUGAACAAAAUCGGAUAUGGAACUUCAGAGAGUUGUUCAAGUGCUACGACGUUUCGCUCCUCUGGAAUUGGCAGAGAGCUGGGACAACGUAGGUCUCUUGCUCGAGCCUUCCAAUUCAUUGAUAAAAAAGGUCUUCCUGACCAACGACCUGACGGAACGCGUGAUGGAGGAAGCAAUUGCGUGGAAAGCAAACAUGAUCAUCUCCUAUCAUCCACCGAUAUUCUCAGCCUUCAAAAGACUGGACCAAUCGAACUGGAGGUCCCGCAUUGUCAUAAAAUGUUUAGAGAAUCGAAUUGCCCUGUACUCGCCCCAUACCAGUUGGGACUGCGUCAAGGGCGGCGUGAAUGAUUGGCUCGGCAAAGCUUUUUCGAGUCGGCUCCCUAGUAGGGUUGACUUCAUCAGUCCCUUCGACAAGGGGGAAGGAAUUUCAGGCGGACCUGGUAGGGUUAUCACCCUAGAGCAACCGAUCGAUUUCAAGCAAGCGAUCAAUCUGGUGAAAUCACAUCUCAAGCUUACCGCCGUGAGGACUUCUAAGCCCGCGGUGGAGAAGAGCAUCAAAACUAUCGGUCUCUGUGCGGGCAGCGGCUCAGCAGUCCUCCAGCAGGCCCAUAGCGCCCAGCCUUUCGAUCUCCUGGUCACGGGAGGAAUGGGACAUCACGACGCAUUGGAGGCGGUUCAUCAGGGCAGCUACGUCAUCCUUAGCGAACACUCAGACACAGAACGAGGGUUCCUCCAUGAUUUCAAGGAGAAAUUGAGAGCGGAAGUCCCUGAACUAGAGGUCACUGUUUCGGUGAUCGACGAGGACCCGAUGAAAACAGACGGCCCAUAGAGUUGACGGAAAUCUGUGCAACCUAGAAAUCCCGAUAAAAACCUUUUGCUCCUCCC